AUGAGAAGGGACUAUAGAGUAAUACGUGGGUUAACUUGGACAUGGCUGGCAUUGUGGGUUAUUCAGUCUCGUGUCCAUGCAGGUUCCUCUUUGAUAUUUUGGACUGCAUAUGUGGAAGUGCGCUACUUGAGCGCAGGGACUAACCAAACGAUGAUCAGUGUGUGUGAGUGCGGAGUGUAUGGGUCAGACUCACCACUGAAACAGGCCUCUGGAUUUGUGGUGCUCCCAAAUUCAGAUUCACUGGGCUGCCAACCGAAUACCACAUUCACCACUAAGGAGGCGCAAUGGAUAGCUCUCAUCAAAAGAGGCAACUGUACCCAUGCUGAGAAAAUUCAAGCUGCGCAGCAAGAGGGUGCAUCGGCUGUAGUUAUAUACAAUGUUGAUGGGACUGGAAAUGGGACAGACAGAAUGUCUCAUGCAGGAACUGGCAACAUAGUAGCAAUCAUGAUUGGAAAUAUCCUGGGCAGGGACAUCACAAACCUGAUUGAGAGCGGGAUUGAAGUCUAUAUGAACAUAGCAGUGGCGAACCGACAUGGGUCCUGGAACCAUUUAUGGAUUUACAUUGUGUCUUUAAUCUUCUUUGGCAUAACAGUCAUUAUUCUGGGCUAUUUCAUCUUUGUAGUCAUUAGUAGGUUCUACCAAAAUCGACAGCUUCGGAUCCAGCAGAGAAAGCUUAAAACAGUGGCUGAGAAAGCUGUUGCCAAAUUAGAAGUUCGGACUCUUCGGCGAACUGAUCCGGAAGUUGAAGCAGAAGAGAGUAGCUGUGUUGUUUGCUUAGAUUCCUUUAUGAGGUGUGAUGUUGUGACAACUCUGCCUUGCAGCCAUAUUUUCCACAAAACAUGUAUUGAACCAUGGUUACUGGAACACCACACCUGUCCAAUGUGUAAAUAUGACAUCCUGAUAGAAGAGGGUGUUGUAAAACCUGGUCAGGAAUCCCCCAUACAACCAGCACAUGUCAGGUUUUAUACAAGCUCUGUGUCAGAUUUAAUGGUCAACGCACCAGGAGUGGUCACAUCUCCAGAGCAACAAGGAGAAGCCAGGCUAAGCUUAAACACCCAGACUGCUGAAUCUGCUGAAGAGCAAUACAGCAUCAGAAUGGAUCACAGUUAUAUGAACCCAGCAUUUGAAGAGGAACAGCAGAACUUUGACCAUCAGGACCCUGACUGUCAUCAUGUUUAGAAUUUUCUUGCAAUUUCUUCAACUGUGAAGUGUAUUUUCUAUUC